CCCACGGUAAAGGUACGAUACCGGAAGAGCUUUGACUGGUACCGUCUAACCGCGAAUCCUCCUCCUCCAUAAAUCGACAUUGCAUUAAGGCAAAAAGGCACUUUGCUCGAAAAAUCGUGUCUCACUGUCUCUGCAUGCGAAGUAUCUUUCCUCUCUCGCAACUCACCUAAGCCCUUCAAUGGCGACUCCGAGCUCGCCUGAUAACCUCGAUGAGAAAUCGACCCUCCAAUGCGAAUCGGAUAUUAAAUUCUCUGUUCGAAGGAGAACAACCGCCAACACUCUUAAAACUGCUGCCUCUGAUUCGUUUUCCAAGACCUACGUUUCUGAGAUUGAUAGCCUGGUCAAGGAAUCCUCCACUGAUUCCGGUACCGUGACGACCUCGGAUGAGGAAGUAAAUCGGAUUGGGAAGGACGAUGAUGGUAGGAAGGAUGAGGCAAAUUCGUCGAGUAACGGAGAAGAUCGAAGACACGGGCCGAAUGUUGUCGUCAAAUUUGCCUAUCGAGCUUCUACUCCGGCACAUCAUAGAGUAAAGGAGAGUCCUCUCAGUUCUGACGCCAUUUUCAAACAGAGCCAUGCAGGUCUCUUCAAUCUCUGUAUCGUGGUGCUUGUUGCUGUUAACAGCAGACUUAUCAUUGAGAACCUAAUGAAGUAUGGUUUGUUAAUGAGGUCUGGUUUUUGGUUCAGUUCAAAAUCACUAAGUGAUUGGCCACUUCUUAUGUGCUGUCUGACUCUGCCGAUUUUUGCACUUGCUGCAUUCGUGGUUGAAAAGUUGGCAGAACACAGGUUUAUCUCUGAACUAGUUGUUGUUCUUCUUCAUGUGUUAACUACUACUGCUUCAAUCAUAUAUCCAAUAUAUGUGAUUCUCAGGUGUGAUUCUGCUGUUCAAUCUGGUAUCACAUUAAUGUUUUUUGCUAGCAUUGUGUGGUUAAAAUUGGUAUCUUAUGCACAUACAAACCAUGAUAUCAGGGCACUUACCAGGCCUGAUGCUAAGGGUGAUGUUUCACUCAACUUUUCGAAUGUGGAUUGUUCUUAUAAUGUCAGCUUCAAGAGUUUGGCAUAUUUCAUGGUGGCCCCCACAUUAUGUUAUCAGCCAAGCUAUCCUCGUACGACAUGCAUACGGAAGGGUUGGGUGAUCCGUCAACUUGUGAAGCUUGUAAUAUUUACAGGAGUUAUGGGCUUUAUUAUAGAGCAAUAUAUUAAUCCAAUUAUCCAGAAUUCUCAACAUCCUUUGAAAGGGAACCUACUAUAUGCCAUUGAGAGGGUCUUGAAGCUAUCAGUUCCUACGUUGUAUGUAUGGCUGUGCAUGUUCUACUGCUUUUUCCACCUUUGGUUGAAUAUACUUGCUGAGCUUCUUUGCUUUGGUGAUCGUGAGUUCUACAAGGAUUGGUGGAAUGCAAAAACAAUAGAAGAGUACUGGAGAAUGUGGAACAUGCCUGUGCAUAAAUGGAUGGUUCGCCAUGUUUAUUUUCCAUGCAUACGACAUGGACUACCCAGGGGAGUUUCCAUUGUAAUUGCCUUUUUCAUUUCAGCUGUAUUCCAUGAGUUAUUGAUUGGUGUCCCUUGUCGCAUGUUAAAAUUUUGGGCAUUUAUAGGAAUUAUGUUUCAGGUUCCCUUGGUCAUCAUCACAAAUUAUUUGCAGAAGAAAUUCAGAAAUACUAUGGUUGGGAAUAUGAUCUUCUGGUUUUUCUUCAGCAUCUUGGGUCAGCCAAUGUGUGUCCUCCUGUAUUACCAUGAUUUAAUGAACAGAAAAAUGACGACCCAGUAAACCACCAGUCUCUCCGUCGCCUGUUUGAUGGCUGAAAAAAAGCUUUGAAAUUGAUGGUUGGGGGAGAUUGUCUUGGCAUCCACUUUUGAUGCAGGAUGAGUGGACGAUAUCAUUGAUCAUCUAAUUUGUGCUGCUUUGGAAUGCACUGAACCGGUUCGUGUACCUAGCCACUGAAGUUUGUACUUUGUACAAGACCCACAUAUACAUAUUUCAUUUUGAUCGGUAGUGUAUGCAAUCAACUCCAUAAACCCAAGCGUGGAGGGAUGAUUAUUGACACUGACAUUAAGUAUGCCACUAAGUUGUGGCAAACUUGUCACUUGUAAUGUUGGUAGAUCGUGAUGUAUGUUUCACUCAUCAUUCGUUACCUAUUUUUGACUUACUGUAUUUGGGCGCUCCCUGUAGGAGUUGAGACCCGCUGAAGUAACAAACUAACGACUGUAACAAUCUAUAGCAUCUCUCUCCGUAGAAUCUCCUUGCUAUAUUGGUACCGUGGCCACCAAACAUGGCCGUUUCUACCUGAAUUGCUGCUACAUCGGUACCAGCUAGGUAUUUUUUUUUGUAAUUCAAAGGUUAAAUUUCUGUUUGAAUGGGUUGAUUGCUUAUAUA